AGUGGUCGUUUGCAGAAACUGAAGAACUGCUACGGGUUCUUUCGUUCCUCUCAAAGUGGAGAGAGAGCUUUCGCUUUCAAGUAUAAUCAAACUGCCGGUCACCCAACUGAUGUAAACAAACUACCUGAAGCAGUUAUGCAAAUGUCUUCAUGAUCGUGUUUUGUACGAUCAUUUCCGAUUUUGUGUCAUUUCGUCAAACGCUAGGAAGUUUGUGAAAUUUGGUAUAGGAGGUUGGCAAAUAAUAUCACCAGUUAGUGCACCCUGUGCCAUAGAUAUCCCGGGGGCGACAAAUUGUACUGUUAUCUUGACUCACUUUAGGAUCAGUUAAUUUUAAAAUGGGACGUCGUUCGCUAACCUCUACAAAAGGAGGGAAGUUUAUGAAUCCAACAGAUCAGGCUCGAAAGGAGGCGCGUAAAAAGGAACUAAAGAAAAACAAAAAACAACGUAUGGCGGUACGACAAGCUGUCCUUAAGGGUAAAGAUCCACACGCAAUCAUCGAAGACCUAAUCAAGAUUGAUGAAAUGCAAUUCAAUGUCACUUCUACUGCAGCUCCACCACUUUCCGAAAAGGUAUUGACUGAUAAACGCAGGAAACUCCUAGAAACGUUGGAACGUGUUGAAACUCUUUACAGAAAAGAAGACGCAGAUAAGCAUCGCGCUUUAAAAGCAAUGUUUCGGGAGUAUGAACAACGCAGAUCGGAACUUGUGAGAUAUUUCGAAUCUGUAAAACAGGCUGAAAUGGUUACCCCCGAUGAGAUUCCUUUACCAACAGCUCCUACGAUGAUGUCGCUGGAUGCAUUGCAGGAUAUUCCAAUGCCGUCAUCUGCGCCACCCCCGCCAGCGCCAAAGUCUAUUUUGAAAAAGCAUCCUUCAUCAUUCUUUAGUGAUAUGCAGCAACUUCAACAAAAGAGGGAUUCAACAAUUGAAAGACUGACUGGAGGCAAAGACGAUCCCAAGGACAAGGGUGUGACAAUCGGUAUCAGCGGCGCUCCGGGGGUACCGAUCGGUCCACCGCCAAAUUUGUCCGACUGCUCUGACCUAGACGACGAAGAUGACGGUCCGGCUUCAGUAGCCUUGCCACCUCCAUUUCCUCCGCUUGCAAAAAAGGUUCCAGCAACGCAAUUACAAGCCAAUCCAGCCCCGCAGGUCAGAACUGCUAGUGAAGCAACUAGUGGAAGUGGUCAGAGCAAGCAACUGCGCUUCGCACCUCAGCCAACAACCGCAAAGGACGAAGUACUCGAAUUCUUGCAACAACUUGAAAAAGUUCAUCAAAAAGAGCAGCAGCCUAACCUUGGAACGCAAAACGUGCCAGGUGGACCUCCCCCGGGACCCCCUGGUCCGCCAGGCCAACAACCGCCACUGGGGCCGCCAGUGCAACCUGGAAUGCUGCAACCACCUCCAAUGGGUAUGCCACCCCCACCCCCGCCAGGAAUGUGGAACGCACAAUUUCCACCCCCGCCACAUCAUCCCGACUUUAUGCUUCCACCUGGUAUGCCCCCUCACGGAGGUCCGCCGCCAAUGGGUGGGCCAAAGGGUGGUCCAACACCGGGUCACCGAGGGCUUUCCGGCCAAAUGUAUCAUCUCAACAAACCUAUGUCUACCGCCGGCAAAACGACAAUUCAAGCCAAGCCGCAAAUGCGCAGUCUUCAACAGGAAGUGGUGAAGUUUGUACCAGCACAAUUGCGAAAAAAGGGUUUAUUGAGCAGUACAGGAGCGAUUACUGCUGCAGGCGAUCAUACCGGCCGACGGGAGGGAUCGGGAUCCAUUGGACUAUCAGGAAGCAGAAAGGAAUCUGGAUCGGUCGGCGUACAAGGAUCACAGUCAAAUGCCGAUGUCCCUCACAGAGGCCAGCCAACCAAGGAUGAUGCAUAUGCACAGUUUAUGAAGGAAAUGGAAGGGCUUAUUUAGACACCGCGAAUGCUGGGCGGCA